AUGUUUGCCGUCCACUUGCUAGCUUUCCAUUUCACAAAGCUAAAAGAGGAUCAAAUAAAAAAGGUUGACAGGUUCCUGUAUCACUUGCGUCUCUCCGACGAUGUCUUGCUGGACGUGAUGGCUCGCUUCCAGGUCGAGAUGGUGAAGGGCCUGGGGAGAGACACAAACCCCACGGCAACAGUAAAAAUGCUGCCAUCGUUUGUACGCUCGCUUCCCGAUGGCUCAGAGAAGGGUGACUUCCUUGCUGUUGAUCUGGGUGGCUCCCAGUUUCGUGCCCACCAGGUGAAGGUGUUUGAUGACGGGAAGCAGAGCAGCCAGCUGGAGAGCAAGUUUUACCCCACACCCAAGGAGGUCAUACAGGGGAACAGAGCUGAGCUCUUUGAUUACAUUGCUGACUGUCUGUUAGACUUCAUGGAGACCAAAAACCUGAAGCAUAAGAAGUUACCUCUUGGCUUUACAUUUUCUUUUCCAUGCAAACAGACCAAAUUGGAAGAGGGGUUUCUUCUUGCCUGGACAAAACACUUCAAGGUCCGAGGAGUUCAGGACACAGAUGUGGUCAGCUCUCUGCGCAAGGCUCUCCAGAAGCAUAAGGACAUAGACGUUGAUGUUUUGGCACUGGUCAAUGACACAGUGGGAACCAUGAUGACUUGCGGAUAUGAUGAUCAGCACUGUGAAGUUGGACUUAUAAUUGGGACUGGCACCAAUGCAUGCUACAUGGAGGAAAUGAGGCACAUUGAUCUGGUGGAAGGUGAUGAAGGGAGGAUGUGCAUUAACACAGAGUGGGGUGCCUUUGGAGAUGACGGUGCUUUGGAUGACCUCCGCACAGAGUUUGAUCGGGAGCUCGAUCUGGGAUCUCUCAAUCCUGGAAAACAAUUGUUUGAGAAGAUGAUCAGCAGCCUGUAUUUGGGGGAACUUGUAAGACUCAUUCUCCUAAAAAUGACAAAAGAAGGUCUGCUUUUCAAUGGGAAAGUGUCAACAGCUCUGCUUACUAAGGGCAAGAUCGAAAUGAAACAUGUGUCUGCAAUGGAAAAAUAUAAGGAAGGUCUGAGCAAUACAAAAGAGAUCCUUACAGAGCUGAACCUGUUUCCCUCUGAAGAGGACUGCAUCGCUGUUCAGCACGUCUGCACUAUCGUUUCCUUCCGCUCAGCCAACCUCUGUGCUGCCGCCUUAGCAGCCAUACUGACCCGACUGAGAGAGAAUAAAAAACUGUUAAGGAUGAGAACCACUGUUGGGAUUGACGGCGGACUCUAUAAAACCCACCCCCAAUACGCCAAACGUCUGCACAAGGUGGUGAGAAGGCUGGUCCCAAACUGUGAUGUUCGGUUCCUUCUCUCUGUGAGCGGCAGUGGGAAGGGGGCUGCCAUGGUCACAGCGGUGGCAUACAGGCUAGCCGCUCAACGCAAGAAAAUUGAUGCUGCUCUUGCACCAUUUCUGCUGUCCCUGGAGACCCUCAGAGAAGUCAAAAAAAAAAUGAGGACUGAGCUGGAAUACGGGCUAAAGCGAGAGACACAAGCCAGUGCCACAGUGAAGAUGUUACCCACGUAUGUCCGUGGGACACCAGAUGGAACAGAGAAAGGAGUGUUUCUUGCCCUUGAUCUUGGUGGGACGAAUUUCAGGGUUCUGCUGGUCAAAAUCAGAAGUGGGAGAAGAAGAUCGGUGCAAAUGUAUAACAAAAUCUUUGCCAUUCCUUUGGAGAUCAUGCAAGGGACGGGGGAAGAGCUGUUUGACCAUAUUGUCCAGUGCAUAGCAGACUUUCUGGAGUAUAUGGGGAUUAAAGGUGCUCGGCUGCCUCUGGGCUUCACCUUCUCCUUCCCAUGCAGGCAAGCCAGCAUUGACAAGGGAACGCUUGUGGGAUGGACAAAAGGUUUCAAGGCAACAGACUGUGAAGGAGAAGAUGUUGUUGAUAUGCUGAGAGAGGCCAUCAGGAGAAGAAAUGAGUUUGAUUUGGACAUUGUGGCAGUGGUGAAUGACACUGUUGGGACAAUGAUGACAUGCGGAUAUGAGGAUCCAAACUGUGAGAUUGGCCUUAUUGCAGGAACGGGCAGCAAUGUGUGCUACAUGGAGGACAUGAAAAACAUAGAAAUAGUGGAAGGGAAUGAAGGAAAAAUGUGCAUUAAUACAGAAUGGGGAGGAUUUGGUGACAACGGCUGCAUUGACAAUAUCAGAACAAAAUAUGAUAAAGAAGUAGAUGAAGGCUCACUAAACCCAGGGAAACAGAGGUAUGAAAAAAUGACCAGUGGAAUGUACCUAGGUGAAAUAGUAAGGCAAAUUUUGAUCGACUUAACCAAACAAGGACUGCUGUUCAGAGGACAGAUUUCGGAAACACUCAGGAAGAGAGGCAUAUUUGAAACAAAAUUCCUGUCUCAGAUUGAGAGCGACCGGCUCGCCCUCCUCCAAGUCCGGCGAAUUCUGCAGCAGCUGGGCCUGGACAGCACAUGUGAAGACAGCAUCAUUGUGAAAGAGGUGUGUGGAGCUGUUUCAGAAAGAGCUGCCCAGCUCUGUGGGGCAGGGCUGGCAGCUAUUGUAGAGAAGAAGAGAGAAAACCAAGGUGUGGAGCACUUGCAAAUCACUGUUGGUGUAGAUGGGACUUUGUACAAGCUCCAUCCACAUUUUUCUAGGGUCCUGAGGGAAACAGUGAAGGAACUGGCACCUCAGUGUGAUGUGACUUUCAUGCUUUCUGAAGAUGGAAGUGGGAAGGGAGCUGCCCUCAUUACUGCAGUAGCAAAAAGAUUGCAUAAUGUUGGACAGAAGUAAAAAAUGAGAGGUCAGGUCAUUUCAGCACUGCCACAUGUAUGCACUAGAGAUUUGCUGAGCAGUGAUUCAAGAUAGCUUUGCCAGACGCCAGUACACAGGUACCUGUUUUCAGGGAGCAGCUGGUUUUUGACCAACCAGGAUGGUGGAUUUUUGUCCUUUGAUAGCUUGGAUCAGGUGUUUCUGCUUCCCACUGGCAUUAUGGCCUUGGCAUACCGCAAUCCACAGUUCUGUACUUCUUGCAAUGCAUCUAUAAUGCACAUGGGAGACUGAAAACAAAACAAAACAAUCAACCCUAAAUGCGUCUUUUUACAAUGGCUUGAUUAAGUUACUGCACCACAACUGAGUUUAUCACCAGUUUCUUAGGAUUUGUGUGUGUGUUAGCUUCAGCUUGGCCUGGCUCAAGGAAUACUGAGAUCCUAAUGUUGCACCUAUCUGGAGGAUGUAUUUGUUCAACGCUUUACAAUAAAUCUGCAGGUAAA